AUGGAUCCUGUUGCGACAUUGGCCCUUUUCUGCAAUGUCCUUGACCUCUCCGAGCGGGCUGUCAAGACCGUGCAGAAGGCAAAAGAAGUCUAUGACUCGACCACUGGUCUCUCGAAGGAACAGGAGAGGUUGUCGGAGUUCACGACUGAAAUGACCUCCAUCUAUGAGGAGAUCAGUAGCAGUCAUAAGAAGCUUGAAAGCCUAGACAUGGUGUUGUCUAACUCAGAGGCUCGAAUCCAGAACGCGGCUGCGAGUUGUCACAACAUCUCCGUCAAAGUGAAGUCUGUAUUGGACAGGUGCAUGCCCAAGAGACCCAAGUCCACCAGGGAAUCUGUGAAAGCAACAAUGCGGUCUCUAUGGACGAACCAGGACCUGGAAGAUCUCCAACGACAGCUCGAUGGCAGUCAAGAGUGGAUAUUCGACCAGUCAGAUAAGCUCUUAGACAUAGAGCCGGGUCUCCAGAUCACCUUCGUCGACUGGCUUCGCGAAGGUCGAGGAAUCUUUCACGUGGCAGGAAAGCCUGGGGCGGGAAAAUCAUCGCUCAUGAAGUUCAUCUGCCAGCACCAGAUGACCAGAACACUACUGACUGAAUGGGCGGACGGCUCAAAAUUGAUCUCUCUGACCUACUUCUUCUGGAAGGCUGAUAGGGGGCAAAGCAGACUCCAAGGGCUCAAGCGAUGUCUGGUAUCGGACGAGAUCCGCCAAGCCCCAGAGAUUGGCAGAUCUCUCUUUCCGCAAGUCUAUGAUGAAACAAAUUCAGAGUUGGCCACCGCCUUCAGCGACAAAGAAGUAUCCCAAGCUCUACAGACCCUCAUUGGCAGUGCGCAGGUCCUCGAAAACCACCGUAUCUUCAUGGUCAUUGAUGGCUUAGAUGAGUUUGAUGAGCUCAAGAACGCAGAGGAUCAUGACGACUUUGGCUCAGAUGAUUCGAGGCUGGGUUGA